AUGCCAAAUGCGGAAGCUAUGGAAGCGGAGGCUUGUGUCUUUCCUGUUAAUAACGGUGAGAUAGUUCAGGAUGGGGAACUGUUCCAGAAACUGUCAAUAAGAUGCCUCGCGCUCCGGACAGGUUUCGAUGAUACCAGUCAAGAUGGCCUAUUCUCUGUCCUUAUUCUAGCAUGGGCUCUGGUGCUGCGCAGGUUCACAGACAUGGACAAUGUGCGUUUCGUUGUUCACAAUGUCCCGACAGACAAUAUCGCGGAAAGGAGUCCCCAAAUUUGUGAAGCACCUAUCUACCCCGAUGUCAGCAUUGGAAGUUUUCUCGAGAAGAAGAGUUACACGAUGAAGCAGUGGCAGCUGAACUUCGCUUCCAAAUUGAAUACUGCUGUUGUCUUUCGGGAUGAAGUGAGAAAAUUCGAAGGGGACAUUCUCCCUUUGAUCUCUAAAGAUCAGCAUUACGAUCUUGUGGCUGUGGCCCAAGCGAGCGGGAAUCUUCCUGAGAUCGAUCUCUACUACCGAGCGUCAGUCAUACCCAAAGCGCGAGCGGAACGUCUAGCGGGGAAUUUGACACGGGCAAUCAAGUGCCUGGCAGAUAACCCAGAGCAGAAAGUUCGCGAUAUGAAUUUAUGUGGACCUGAAGAUUAUCAACAAAUCGCCAAAUGGAACAGUACGCCAAAGUCUGACGCAGCACAUGAGUUUAUUGACGACAUCAUAUUUCAACAUGCAGUCAGCAGGCCUACGGCAAUAGCGGUACACUCCUGGGACGGUGAAUUGACAUAUGCCGAGUUGAAUGACUUGUCCUCAAGACUUGUGGCUCAUUUGCAGUCACUCGGUGUCGAGCCAGGAGACCUGGUACCGCUGUGCAUGGAAAAGUCCCUCUGGGCUAUUGUCUCUGUUCUAGCCGUGAUCAAAUCAGGGGCAGUUUUUGUUCCACUUGAAGCCUCUCAGCCAGUGAAACGGCUCGAAGGAAUCAUUUCUCAGUUGAAGGGCGGGGUCAUUAUAGCCUCACCUCAACACGUGGCAGCGUUAUCAAACACGCGGAAAAGGGUAUUGGCUGUAAGCAGAGCGGAUAUGGAGAGGCUGCACUGCUUUGGUUAUGCCACCACCAACCGAGAACAGACAAACAUGGCCUAUAUCCUUUACACUUCCGGAAGUACAGGAGCUCCAAAAGGGUGUGUAAUGGAGCAUCGAGGAUUGACGGGAUUUGCGAGGCACGCUGAGCCGCUGCAAGUCAAGAGUAACAGCCGUGUGUUGCACUUUGCUUCGUACGGGGUGACUGCCUCUCUUGUGGAGAUAUUUUGCUCUCUUGCGGCAGGUGCAACUCUCUGUAUUCCCUCCGAUCAUGAGCGAAUGAACGACCUCCAGGGUGCCAUGAGACGCAUGGGUGUUACGUGGACCUUAAUGACGCCUUCGACGUUGAGGUCACUUGAUACCUCGGCACUGAGCACCUUGCAAACUAUACUUAUCGGAGCGGAACCCAUUCCAAAGAACGCCUACGAGGUCUUUCAGGGUAGUUUUCUGUUGCUAAUCGGGUACGGAAUGACGGAAUGGGGUGGUAUCUUGAUGGCCCAGGGCGAAGGAACGAGAGACACGAAAAACAUUGGCAAGGCAUUUCUGGGAAAGACUUGGCUCGUCGAGCCUCAUGAUCACCACCGACUCGCUCCGGUUGGUGCAGUGGCUGAGCUGGUAAUCGAAGGCCCCUAUCUAAGUCGUGGCUACUUGGGUGACCACGACAAAACAUCGGAGGCCUUCAUUGUGAACCCGUCAUGGCUCACACACUUUGACAUGGAGCCCAGUUUUGAAAGAAGAUUUUACAAGACAGGAGAUCUUGUCCAAUACGCCGAUGAUGGCACCCUCCGGUACAUCAGCCGAAAGGACAAUCAAGUCAAGUUGCGUGGCUACCGCAUUGAACUAGGAGAGGUUGACCAUCAUCUCCGGCAAUGCUGGGAUUGCACUGAGGAUGUUAUCCUUACCGACGUGGUUACGCCAGAAGACAGCUCUGUAAUGCCAACAUUGAUAGCAUUCGUCGGAGGCAAAGAGGCGCAAUUGGCUAAAAAGCCCGCGACAGCUAUAUCUCCUCUAUUCAUGAUUCCGGACGAGCAAUUUCGAACGAGGGUGUCAGUGGCAGAUUCCAAACUGCGGACGGCUCUACCGUCUUAUAUGCUACCAACCAUCUAUAUUCCUCUUUUGCAUGUACCGAUGACAUUUUCAAGGAAGGUCGAUCGGAUGGGUUUGAGGAGACAGGCAUCCAUGCUAGACCAGGAUCAGCUUCUGUUGUAUAGGGCUGGAAAGCGGAACGGCAUGGAUGAGAAGGCCAAGCCGAGAUCUGAUGCCGAAAAGGCGCUUCAUCGUAUGUUUGCCCUGCUACUCAACCUUGAUGAAGCGAAAAUUGGAGUCAACGACAGUUUCUACGACCUUGGUGGGAACUCUAUUGGGUCAAUGCAGCUUGUAUCUAUGUGCCGUGCGGAAAACAUCCCAUUGACUGUGGAGGAUCUAUUUGAGAAGGAAACUAUAGCGGAGCUUGCUGCCACUGCCAAUUAA